UGCGUAUGAUCAGCCCUUUCCAUCGGUACGUGCUUCUCACAUCCGCCUAUCUCGACAGCGCACAGCGGUGAGACAAGAUGUUGCUGACUGGGUGCCUUUGCACUCUCGUUAUACGCUAGAGACGGGAGGGUGCCGUGCUCGCACACUUCAGGCAUGCGUCGUCCAGGAGCGGUCAUCCUGGUGGCCUCAUGGCUGGCCCUGGCGACCGUGUCGGGGCUGGACCUCAAGAAGUCGAUGGAAACUGCGAGGAUGCUUCUGCCGUCGUUGUGCUACAUGAACGAAAAGUCCGAGGAAGAUCCGGCGUGUUCCAGGUGUGUGGCGGGAGUCAGGGAACUUCUCAGUGCGUUGGGAAGAACGGAAGAGUGGGCGAUACUGAUGCUGGAUGCAUUGGUGAAGCCACCUCCAGGAAUUUUCGGAGGCGCCUUUACCUUCAUGUCCGAUUUUGACGCCUGCCUCAAGGUACCUCGCGCCAACGUAACGGACGGACACCUGAAAAAGGUCGACGCGGACUUCCUGGAACCCCGCUAUUGCUCCAUCAAGAUCAGCAUCGUUCAGCCGCCAGAGAAUGAUUCGCAUCCAGAGGAAGCGCACACAGGGAUCAUGGCGCUAUUGGACAAGGAGAAGGAAAAUCUGAAGGAUGUCUCAGAGCUUCUGGAAGAGUUCCCUGGGUUUCUAGGAUUAUGUCUUCCGUCGCCCUGCACGAGCGAGAACCUGCGAGCCGUUGGAAGAGCACUAAAGUUCGGCAUGGGUCAUUUCCUGGAGAAGCCACCGAAGGUAAACGUGGACAUGGAAGUUGUAGACUGUGUAACUAAAGAGGAUACGACACGCAGGGAAGUCACCCUCACUUUGCUGGCAACCUUGGUAGUUGUGGGUCUACUGGCCAUACUGAUCGUCUUCGGAACCAUACUGGAUGCCAUCUUCAUCUUGUGCUCAGACAGAGAUCACGAAGAUGAAGAACUUGAUGCAAGCACCUAUAAGCACAUUCACGCGUAUCAAAUGAAAUCACAAAGCACGGCCUGUGAGGUUCUACGUUCAUUCUCGGCAUACCGUAACCUUCGGCUACUAAUGAGAGGUCGAGGCCCCCCUGGAUCCCUGAGACCCGUCUGUGGCAUCACCAGUCUCAGUCUCAUCUGGAUUGUACUCGGAAACUCACUCACCCUCAGAGGUUUCAAUGUCACAAUGAACAUGAAAGAACUGAAACAUGCCUUAGAAAACCCUGUAAUCCAGUUUGCAGUCAACAGCUCGCUAGCUAUUGAUGCCUUGAUGACAGUUUUAGGAAUCGCGAUAGCGUACGAUAUAGUUCGGCAUCUAAGAGCAAAGUUUGUCAUAGACAACUGCGGCAUUAUGGACUUUCUUCGGGCCUACCUGAGCGCCACCAAGUGGUUCAGUGCUGGAGUGCUUCCUUCCUACAUGCUCCUGCUUCUGAUAUUGAAUGCCAUAUUCCCAAAGCUGAGCUCUGGUCCCACAUGGCCCAUUGAGAGCAAGAGGUUCCUGUCUCAGUGUCCCAACCACUGGAUCUGGAAUAUAGCCUUCAUCAACAACUUCUUUCCAACCAGUCAGCAGUGCAUGCCACAUACAUGGCUGAUGGCAUAUCUAGCUCAAGCCAUCCUGUUUGCAGGCUUCAUGAUGUUGGUCUUGACGAAGUACCCUAAAUGUGCAACCCUUGCAUUAGGUUUGUGCAUCGCGGGGACCGUUCUCUCAACGUUCAUAAUAAACCUCUUGAACAACAUUGGACCAACAGCUCUCUUGAGGGAGUACAGACCAGGGUCACGUACCGAGUACCAUGAUCUAGUUGCGACCAACCUCUACACAAGAGGAAGUCCCAUUUGUGUCGGCAUCAUCACCGGGUACUUUGUGGGGAUGAAGCCCAAACUGCAUUGCCCUAAGCUUGCGUACUAUGCGGGCUGGAUCCUAUCUUUAAUCUUGCUCCUGGGCACCAUCAACGGCACCUACUUCUGGAACAAAGGUCCCAUCCCACCCGGCAGCACUGAUUAUGCAGCGUACGACGCGUUUCAUCGGCUUCUCUUUUCUGCGGGCCUCAGCUUCUUGGUAGUUGCGUGCAUCAAGAGGCACGGAGGUGUCAUCAACGUACUCCUAUGUUGGCCAGGCUGGCAAGUCAUCACCAGGCUAACGUAUAUUAUCUACAUCAUCAAUCCCUUCCUUAUAGUCUUCACAAACGGCACGACAAAGGCGCCAGUGUAUUAUACCAUGAAGGUUGCUGUUCAGGAGGUCCUAUGGAACCUGCUUGCAACUAUCCUCAUCAGCGUUCCUUGCCACCUGCUCUUCGAAGCCCCCUUCCUGCGACUGGUGGACUUCUUCGCGGCCGCAAGAGAAAAGGAUGAGGAGGAAGACUCAUCCGCAGAUAUCAACAUCCCUCUCGAACAAAAGAAGUUUUCCCCAUCCUACGGCUGAGGAGACCUUCCUAGUCAUAAUGCUAGUCCUGAAAGUCUACUCAUUUUGUUUUACUUGUUUGUCAGUGCUAUGUACAGUAUAUCAAGGGCUGUUUCACAAUGCUUGCGGAGCAACAGAGGAACAGAGCAAGUUUGAGUUUGUUGAAGCAAGUUGAACAGAGCGAGUUUGAUGCAAAGUCUGAGAGACAUGGUGCCUCUGUGUACUAGCACAAAAAUUAGCGUUGCAUCAUUUCACAUCGCAGAAAGCACAUGUCCCAUACCUCUGAGAGCAGUGUAGUGAUAUGUAUGUGAUAGUCAGUGGCAAGGAGAGGGGCGUGCAACAAACGCCCGUGAAUCCCCAUGUGAAUUAAAACCCCCAGGUAAGGUAACUAGUCUUUGAAGAGCCCGAUUUUUGCUUUUUCCUGCGCGUGUACGGGGACAAAAAUCUACACGAAGACCACAAAAUUUCAUGUUUAAAUAUUGAAAAAAAAAAAUUUUUAAUCUGGGCAAAUGGUUGGGAGCAUCAAAUUUAUUAGCAAAUACCUUUCGUGCACCAGUGUCCACUCCUGCGGUUACAGAAAUCAUUGCCUGGAACGCAUACAUACUAAUGGUGAAUUGGGGCGGUCACUUCGUCACGACUGUUUUUGCCAGACCCCAAGCAGUCAUGUUCGAACGCAUGAAUUUUUUACGCACGGCCUCGAUAUAGCUGAGCAGUGGGUUGACCAACUAUAUCCGGCAAAAGCGGGCUUGCCAUGUUUGGCAAUAUCAGCAUUUUUUUGUUUAGUUUUUGUAUAUUUUUUUUUCGCUCGGACCAAUCAUGGUCCAUUAGCUCAAUUCCUCCUCUCCAAAUGUCUUAGUAUAUAGUACGCGUAUAUAUUGUAACCUGAAGAGGCACACACUAAUGCACGAAAGCUAGCCAAUAACAAAUUGGAUGCUCCUAAUCGUUCAACCAGUUUUUAUUCUCUUGCAGAAACUUGACAUUGUUCUAGUGUUUCUUGUAUGUCUUAGAUAUUGUUCCACUUUCCCUACUUUUCUCACAUUAAUUAUGUUGGAAUUGUCUCCACAUUGCAAACAGUCCUACAAUGUGCCUUAUGAAUGUGCCUUGGUGUGUCCAAAACUGCCAAAUUUGUACAGCAUAGCAAUAAAGGUGUGUUGUUUGUUA